UUGACCAACCCAUAUACCUUUAUUCUCAGUUAGGGUUUAUUGCGAGCUUCGUUCUCACUAACUUCAAAACCCUGGGAAACUACUCGCACUGUCUGAGCAGAGAGAAGAGAGCAAUAAUGGAGGCCAACGGAGGUGAGUCGUCUCGAAUUCUCCGCGAAAUUGAGAAUUUGAAGUCUGCGAAGAGUGAAAUCGAGCGCCGAAUAUCAGAUCUCGAAGCUCAACUUCGUGAUAUCGAUGAAAAGGACGAGACCAAGACGAAUUCGACUCGAUCGUGCCCUCCACUGUCAAACGGUGACUCAGGUUUUGGCCAUGGAUUGUCGCCCGAUAUGAUCUACAGAUAUAGUCGUCAGCUCUUGCUUCCUUCCUUUGGUGUUCAAGCACAGUCAAGUCUCUUGAAGGCUUCAAUUUUAGUUGUUGGAGCUGGAGGGUUGGGAUCACCUGCUCUUUUGUACCUUGCUGCCUGUGGUGUUGGUCGCUUAGGUAUUGUUGAUCAUGAUGUAGUUGAGCUUAACAAUCUGCACAGGCAGAUUAUCCAUACUGAAGCAUAUAUUGGUCAGUCAAAAGUGGAAUCUGCUGCUGCUGCUUGUCACUCAUAUGUAACACUGGAUUGACUGACUACUUUGAAAACCUGGUCACAUUCUAAAGCAAUGAAGAGAGCCAUCAGUGAACAUUGUGGUGUAUGGACAAUCCCAAUGCUUAGUUACUUUUACUGUUUCCAGUGCAUUGGUAUAAGGUUAGCUUGGUAAACAUUGUGGUGUACUUGAAUUGAGUGUUUUUAUAUAACUUACUCUCCUAGUGUAAACAUGACAGCCAGUGAAUUAGUUUGAAUUUUUACUUGACUUCUGUUAACCUGAUGGCUUAAAAGUUACUAAGAAUUGUAUAGUUUUGAGGGCUGUUUGAACAAUUGAUGGAUGACAAACAUGGUAAACUGAUUUCUGAGCAUUUUGUAUAGUUUUGUUGCUGGUUUUGUUUGAUUUGUUUUCUGACUGUUCUGGUAAAUAAGGUUAAUUGCUGCGUCAAUUCUGAUUUGGUUAUAUGAUUUUGUUUGGGUUGUUGAGUUGAAAUGGUUUUCUGAACUGGUGAUGAUCUCUGUUGCAUCAGUUUGCUGAUCUGCUAUACUAAUUUGCUAUUCUUCUGGUGCUGCUGUGAUGUUGCUGUUGUUGCUGAGAUGCUGUGGUGAUGCUGCUGUGAUGGUGAUUGUUACGAUGAGGUGCUGCGGUGUUGUUGAUGUUUGGAAGGGUGCAGGACUUUUUGUCCAAUCUGUAAUAGAUCAGGUUUUCAUUAAUGGGGGUUGUCAUUAGGUGUAAUUUCGGGCAACUGCUGGUGUUUUGGAUGGAAGGGUAUGGAGGGGGUAUUUUGUGUGAUUUCAUAUCAAUGUUAUUAGUUUGUUAUAGUGGUGCCUGAGGGAUGCCUCUUGUAAAGCUGUAAAUCUUUUAAAAAAUUAUAAAUGAGUUUGAAUUAUU